UUAUACAACGGUUGUGGGUUUUGCGAUACGCAUUUUCGCCCCAUUUCCAUAGGUUGCCGGAGGCCCGCACGUUACUGCCGUCUGGUUAGCCGUAGCUGCCUAGGACUGGUUCUGUUCCUUGUCUUAAUCUGGAAGCUAUAGGUCCUGAGGAGAGCAUUGAAGAGGAGCGGGGCGGCCAAAUGGGCAUGGAGGAAAAGCAGUCCAAGCAGGAGCUCUGACGACCGCUGAUUCCUUUGGAGGGGGGAAGUCUGGCCGACCGGGCAGAACGCAGCCCUAUAGUUAGAUAGCAAUGGACGCUGCAAAGAAGUACGAGUACAUCAAGACUCUUGGUGAAGGAAGCUAUGGACAUGUGUGGCUCUGUCGUGAUCGGGAGCGGGACUGCUUGGUGGCGAUUAAAAAAUUCAAGGAUGCGAACAAAGACUCACAGGCCUACCACCUGGCCAUGCGGGAGAUUAAGCUCUUGCGCGCCACCACGCAUGAGCAUGUGGUGUCCGUCAUUGAGGCGUUUCGGAGCCAGUCCAGCGGUAACGUCUAUCUGGUCAUGGAGUACGCCGACAGCUGCCUCAACCUGGAGCUGAAGCGGCACCGGACGGGGCUGCCCACAGCGGACGUGAUGCGGAUCACCUGGCAGCUGGCGUCCGCACUGCAGUACCUGCACAGCAAGAAGAUCAUCCACCGCGACCUCAAGCCGGCCAACAUCCUGCUGACUGCGGCGGGUGAUCUGAAGCUGUGCGACUUUGGCUUUGCUCGCGACCUGCCGCCGGCGGGGCAGCAAGCGGACAUGAGCAGCUACGUGACGACUCGGUGGUACCGCGCCCCAGAGGUCGUCGUCGGCGCUGAGUACGGGGCCGCCGUGGAUAUCUGGGCGCUAGGGUGCCUGUUUGCUGAGCUGCUAAACGGACAGCCGCUCUUCCCGGGCGCCUCCAACAUGGACCAGCUGGCCCUCAUUGUUGCCUGUUUUGGCCACCUGCCCAACCGCCUGCUGGCCAAGGCGCUCACCAACCCGCACCUGGUGGGCGUGCAGCUGCGCACCGGCAACCCGCGCAACUGGGCGGUGGCACUACAGCAGCGGUUUGCUCCAUAUGGCGACGCCGCCGUAAACCUGCUGCUGUCGUGCCUCAACCCGGAUCCGCUGAAGCGUGCCACUGCGGAUGAGGUGCUCCGGUCGCUGUACUUUGAACCCAUCCGGCUUAAGAAGGUACCGGCGCUGAUCGGCCCGCCCUCAGUUGCUGCGGUGACUGUGACCGCGACAGCCUCACCGCCGCCCGCAGCAGCAGCAGCAGCUCCGGCGGCGGCGCCUGCGGCCACAGCAACCGUCCCUGCGCCGGUCCAUCCCGCAACCGCGCAUACUCCCGCGCCCGCAGCCGCGUCAUCGGAUUCCGCAGCUGCGGCGGUGGCAGCCAGCGCGGCAGCUGCCGCCAAGGUGACCAAGGAAACCCCUGCACAGCCCCAGCAGCAGCCCCAGCCGCACCAGCCGGAGGUUGUGGCGACGCCGCCCACGGAGGGCACCAGGCGGCCAGCGCAUGAGGCUGCGGAGCCGCAGCCGGAGCGCCCUGCGCCUGCCGCGUCCGCACGCUCCGGGUCAAGUAGCAGCACUGAGGCGCCUGGGGUCAAGGCAGCACCCAUGCACCCUGCCAUUUCUGGCUUCGUUAAGCCAACACCCGCGCUCGCUGCUUCGGAGGCUAAGGAGGAGGCAUCUGGGUCGGCAGCAGCCAUGGAGGUGGACACGCCGCCUGCGCUGCCCGCACAGCCCAGCCUAGUACCCCAGCGGUCGCAGCAGGCGCAUGUGCACUUCCAGGCGCAGACGCAGGAGGCCCAUCACGGCCACCAUCAGCAGGAGGACGCGGCGGUGGAGUCGCAGCAGCGCUCCAGCGCGCCGUCAACCGCUCUGGCAGCUGCUGUCAACGCAGCUGCGGCGGCGGCAGCGGCUGCUGGUCAUGAGGGCUACAGCGGAGAGGGGGCACAGCACCCGCAGCAGCGCGACGCGCGGUUGCCAGGCAGCAUGGCCCACAUGCGGGCCUCGGUAGCGGCGAUUCCCAUGUCGACGUCCGCCUCUGGUGCUCGCCCCAUAACGGAUUCUGGGAUGGGUGGUCAGGCUGUUCCUCCGCCCGCACAUGGCAAGGCGGGCGCAACCCUGGUCCAGCACAACAAGCGCGUGUCGGAGCACAACAUCAGCCUCUACACGGCUCACCGCAGCGGCGCCGCCGCCGACAUGCCCAUGCGGCUGGCGCGUGUGAGCCUGGUGAACGGCAUGGACGCAUCGCAGCUGGGAGCUGCGGACCAAAACUCGACAGCCUCCUCUCCCUCCUCCACUCCCACCACCGCCACCACCGCCCCUGCCAUCAGCAGCACCAACAGCACCGGUAACGCACAUGCCCUCAUUUCGCCCGCGGGCAGCUUGACCAGCACCAUUGGCAGUGUGCCGUACGCUGCAGGCACCAUCCGCCGGCGCUCCACUGCCACCGGCUCCCGCCUGACGCGCUCCUCCAACACGUGUGAGGCGCCCGAUCAGCUGCUGCGAGAGGAGGACAGCGAGGACGACCGCAGCAACGAGCGGCUGUCCGGACCGAGUGGGACAGUCAGUGGAGCGCCGGUAGUGCCAGCGACGGUUAGCGGGGCGGCCGCAGGGUUGCAGUCGAGCCCCAGACGCCGGCAUUCGCGCCUGGCAUGCGUGACGGAGCCGGGCUCGCAGCAUCCGCAGGGGAGUGCAUCUACCGGCGGCGCUGCGAUGGAUAACAACAACACGGAGCACAGCAGUGGUGGUGCAGGCCGUGGGCCGCCGGCUCCACAGAUGCUGAGCCCCCUGGGGCGCGCCGGGCACCAGUGGACCUACCACGGAGCCGGAGGGGCUGCUGCUGCACCCAGCGCAGCAGCGGGCGGUGCGGCUGCUGCCGCUGCUGCUGAAGCGGCACAUGCCCACGCCGCGCCAGCCGCUCCGCACGGGCAGCUGCACUCCACCAUGUCGUCCGCUUCCUUGAAUGUGUAUGGAACCAUGCAGGCUCGGGAUAGCACGGGGGAUGGUGCUGCCGGCGGCACGCUGCGCUCGAACAUGAGCAUUCCCACCCCGGCCGCGCCCACGGCAGGCCAGAUGCGCUCCUUCACCGCGCAGAAUGUGGCGACCUCGGCCGCCGCAGCAGCCGCAGCCGGCCUCAUGUCGCGCCCCGUGUCCAACCUGUACAUCAACGUGGACAACGGCAAGGUGCUGGAAGCAGGUGACAGCCACAGUAACGACAGCAGCGCUGCCGUUUCCCCCCGCACUCCAACCGGGGCUGCCACCUCCGCGCAAGCAGCCUCCACGGGCCGCCGCAGCACCCUGGCCGAGGGCCCCAGCAGCAUCCUGCGGAGCAUGCUGCGCUCGCUGAGCACACGGCGGUCCGCUGCAUCCCUCUCCGGCAUCCCCGGCGAGCAGCAGCAGUCCUCCACCCCGACCGCCUCCGCCACGCUGCAGCUUGGCAGCUCGGUGGGUGGCGCGCCUACCGGGCCCACGGGAGGGGCGCACAACACGACUUGCGGUGGCGCCGCGCACGGGCAGUCGCCGGCUGGCAUCUCGCCGUUUAUCCCCUCACGUGCUUCCUCCCAUAACUUCAUCGCCGGAGGGCCCACAAACAGCGGUGACAGCGCCUCGAGCCUAACGGGCGGCCUGGGCGGACCUCACCAGUCAGACGACAGCGCGUCAACCGGCGGUGCAGCGGGCAUGUUGCGCCGGCCCACAACCUCGGCAGGGUCGGGUGUGAAUGCCAUGGCAGCCGCCGCUGGGAACCCGCAUGCGCGGAUCGGCUUGCCGCAGCUGUCAGUGCGGGCGAAUGACCUGGCGAGCGGCGUCGCACCGGGUACGGCAGCUGCGAGUGGCUAUGGCUCUACGGUGGUGUCGCCCGCCAGCCGCCGGCGGUCACAACUGGCGGUGCAGCAGCUGCGGAUGUCGGAAGCGGGUGCGGUGUCUGCUGCUGGGGUGAGGCAGCUGGCGGGUCCAGGUGCGGUGGUGGCAGGUGCAGCGGCGGCGCACCAGGGCUGCAAGGCCACCACGGUGCUGCAUGGGGAGGGUGUCGGCGCGGCGGCGCUGCCCGUCAUGCGGCCCACGCCGCCGGCGGAGGCGCCUCCUGCGCGGCAUGCGCCGGGCAAGAGCGGUGGUCGAGAGGUGUCGUAGGACCUUGGUUUGUUGCCUGGAGGACCUGCGUGUUAAAGAAGGAAAGGUGAGGAGAGUCACGGCUUGCUCGCGCUUGUGGAAGGGAGAUAGAUAGGCUUGGUGAGCCGUUACGCCCAGGGGCCCUCGGCAGUGCCCGGCUGGAACGUGUAUGGGCAUUGGAAAGUGAGUUCAAUGACAACCAGCCGUGUUCUUGUGUGCCUUUACUAUGCUGUCCCCGUGAUAAAAAAUAAUUCGCGCAUGCUGCGACAGUUUAUACCGGUAUGCCUGCUGCAGUGAUUGGGCACGGAAAAGCCCCUAUUCAAGUUGUUGGUGCGAUAAGACACUUGUGGCCAAGCACAUAUCAGGCUUCACGUGGGUUGGACAAUCCGGUGUCCCAUUGUGAGUCCAUUGCUCAUUACAACGCGUGACCAUGCAAGCGUUGAUGUUGGAAAAGGGCAGGAAACUGAACGGCUUCUUCACUUUCUAGCGCUGAAGCGAGGCGCGUGCAAGGCUGGUGCAGGCGAUUAUGCGUGGCUGUUGUAUGCCCCCAUUAUAUAUAGCGAUUGCCCGGCAGGUUCGCGUAAACCUGACGCAAGAGAAGGGCUAUCGCUUCUAAACAUGCGUUGCCCUGCUGCCGCCUGUGCCUAACGCCAGCGGGCCUUGUGCACGCGUUGGAUUGCUUGCAGACAAGGAUUGCAUCUGGUGGCUAUUUGAUAGGGAAUGGGCUGGAUGUUUUGCUGUACGACGCUGCUCCUCCGUUGGGUACAUGGGUGCGAGCUGCAUUAAGGCUCUUGUAUGGCGGGGCAGGGGCAGGGUAUUAGUUAUCUAACGGUCCCCUUGCAACCGGAGUCGACAUGUGAACGCGGUUCGGGCUGCAUGGUUGCUGCGUCAGGCGACGCAGCCGGAGUAGGCGCCGAAAUGAUAGGCGUAUUAUGGGGGAACUCGUGAUCGAUGAAGGCGCAUACAUGGAUAAUCGCACACGACCUACACCUGCCGGCUUUGAGCGACGGCGGGCCUUUGCUGACUGCGAUGCCAUACGCGGUGAUGCCGUGAAAAACGGUGAGAGACGUGAUGUCUUUGUGUGUGUAUUUUGUUGCGGCUAGCAAGUUAUUAAGGGCAUAUGGUGCAAAAAGGGUCGUGAUAUCAGGCACCGCGGUGGUGCCAUCUGCUGGUCUCUGCCGGUAUACUUCAAAAGGCAAAGGUGGGUUGUUAGGCAGAGUGUAUGUUGAGGAUUGUUGACAAAUAGCACGCGGAUGUGUCGUUGUGGAUUACGGCGGUACUUGCUUGCUCCUGAAUUUAGCAUACUGGGCUAAGCACUGUGCCAGCGACCGCUGGGAUCCUAUACGAGUGCUCCUUCUUCUUGGAUGCUUCUGGUGUCGCGACUUAACGCCCUGUAGUACGUCGGCCGGAGACAGGGGCGUCGAUUUGUGAUUGGAUUGUGAACUUGUGCCAUUUCAAGUGUGUCGUGAUAUGCUACAUUCCGAAACAGCGUGCAGCUGCUAUUGCGUGAUGCGUGCUUCCCCCAUCUUUGCUGUGGUAGCGGGCUGGGAGAGGCCCUUCUUAUUUGCGAUUGUUGCGGCAGACCUUACCACGACACGAGCUGCUCGGAGCAGGUGCGAGUCCCAAUGUGCGGUUGGACCCCUCCGUCCGGCAGCUGCUUUUGCCGUACCCUUAAACUGGAUCUGGUUGGUUGGCUAUUAGUGCACUGAGAGGCGAAGUUGGCCAGGGCGCCUAUGUAAGUGCUUCACAAGA